AACUUCGUGCUUCGCUCGUGACGACAGCGAUGCCUCUCCUUCGACAGUGACCGUUGUGGGAAGGGAUGGCGAUGGAUGCUGUAGAUAUCGGGCUAGCCAAAAAAGGCAAGGAUUUUGUUGUUCACUAUUUAGAUGGCGAGCUACGUUGGAGCAGGUAGCUAUCAUCCCCCUCGCUAAAAAUUUGGCUUGGCAAGGGAAGUGGCGACUGCGUGGAGACAACGCAACGAUAAUGAUAAUUACAAUCAUGGCCCCUCGGGCAUAGCUCGGAUGAUAAAAGACGGCCUGUAAUAUGUUGAUGUCAUUUCGGUGGAUCGCAAGUUCGAACCCUGACCUUCCUGAAUCAUAUCCUACGAUUUACCUCCUUCAACAUAAUCAAGAAGCUGAGUGUUGGAACCUUGCAAGGAGGGUCAUCCCAAGAUAAUUACAAUCACGUCCCCAAAUCACUCGACCCAAAUUCCCUUCAGACAAAUCCCUGUUUCUCUCUCGCAUCCAGUUCUGGCCUCCCUCGUCUGUCGUUCUUCUCUGGCAUCGUUCCUGUCCAUCGUCGCUGCCCAGAUCGAGAAGCUGCUCAGGCUGCUGUUCGGUCUUCCUCGCUCCAUUUGUUUGCCCUGUCAUCUCCGGCCUCGUGGCAUCCCCACUCCUGCAUGUUGCUUUGGCCUUGCUGUGAAUUGAUCUUUGAUUCUUUUCUGCUCCAGAAUUUUCAUAUUUGAGAGGAGCUGCAGAGUAACUAAAAUAUUAAUAAGACAAGACAUUCAUUCAUAAACUGUCUUUACAAAUCAAGGAGCCAUGUCAUUUAUGCGGGGUGAUUUGCUUACAAGAACAAGAAAGCUUGUGAAAGGGUUGGCCAAAGCUGAGCCUGCUUGGCUGAAAGCCAUGGAACUGGCCCCACCUGUGACAUUUCCUCGUGCUGCUAGCAAGGUUAAUCAGAUCACUCUCCCUGAAGAUGUGUAUAUAAAGAAGUUCUUUCAAAAGCAUCCAGAUUCUAAGCAUGAAGAUGCUAUCAAGAUCUGUGGAUUUGAUCCGCCUCCAGCCCGUGUAUUUGGUUGCCGGGUUCUUGAGUUAAAGGAACAAGGAGUGAGUGAGGAAGAAGCUAUGGCUGUGGCUGAUAUGGAAUAUCGAGCAGAAAAGAAGGCUAAAAAGAAUGCAUAUGCUAGACUGAAACAUAUUGCACGCCUCCAAGGAAAGAGACCUCCACCGAACCCGUAUCCUAGCGCCAUCAAGGAGAUACAGGCUGAGGAGAGGAAGUAUGUACGCGACCGUUUCUUUGAUCCAAAGAUCUUGAAAAUUGUUGAGAAGAUGAAACAGGACAAGGCAGCAGAAAUGCAAGACAGAAUGAGAGGACGGCCUGGCUGGUAAACCUAGUGUAUUAUUGCUGUUUCUGAAAUUGAGUUCUAAUAAUAUUUCGAGGUCAAUUGACUAUCACUGUCAGAUACUUUCCAAUGUCGGUUGGAUUGUUUAUUUUGUUUGUUGGUAACAAGGAUCAAAGCAAGUGACUUAGAAAUAGUUUUAGAACUAGAAUUAAAAUUUUCUAGCUAUGCGCAGCAAAGAUAAUGUUGCUCAAGAGUUAAGAGCUGCCCUUCCAUUCAAUGGGAAGGGACCAUUUAUACUGAUGUUUCUGGCUUUUAUAA